AUGCCGACGAACAUGAUCUCCAACAGGGUGCUUGAGAAGGAUGUCCUUCCACUGGAUGUUGAGCCUCCUGCAAAGAGGGGACCAGCCUCGCGGACGAGCGUGCGUCGCAAUCCAAACAUGGAGAAGCUUCAGAACGGCUACUUAUUCCCGGAGAUUAGCAUGAGACGUGAAGCACACGAGAAGAAGUACCCGGACGCCAAGGUCAUCAGCUUGGGCAUCGGGGACACGACCCAGCCCAUACCAAGCAUCGUCACUUCGGCCAUGGCCGAGUACGCGCUUGCGUUAUCAACUCCCGAAGGGUACCAAGGCUAUGGGCCAGAGCAAGGCCAGAAGAGUCUGAGGAAGGCCAUCGCUGACGUAGUGUACCCAAACAUGGGGAUACGAGACACCGAGGUGUUCAUCUCCGACGGAGCGCAGUGCGACAUUGCGCGCCUUCAGAUGAUGUUCGGGCGGGACGUGACCAUCGCCGUGCAGGACCCCACGUUCCCGGGGUACGUGGACAACGGCGUGAUCAUGGGGCAGACGGGGCCGGCGGCGGUCGACGAGGAGUCCGGCGGCAGCCGGUACGCCGGGAUCGAGUACAUGCGGUGCGCGCCGGAGAACGCCUUCUUCCCGGACCUCUCGCGCGUCCGCCGCACCGACGUCAUCUUCUUCUGCUCGCCCAACAACCCCACGGGCCACGCCGCCUCCCGCGACCAGCUGCGGCAGCUCGUCGACUUCGCGCGCCGCAACGGCUCCAUCGUCGUCUUCGACUCCGCCUACGCCUCCUACGUCUCCCCCGGCGCCGGCGGCGACGACGGCGACAAGCCGCGGUCCAUCUACGAGGUGCCGGGGGCGCGGGAGGUGGCCAUCGAGAUCUCCUCCUUCUCCAAGUUCGCCGGGUUCACGGGGGUGCGGCUGGGGUGGGCCGUGGUGCCCGACGAGCUGCUCUACGCCGACGGCACCCGCGUGGCCCGGGACUUCGACCGCGUGGUGACCACCUGCUUCAACGGCGCGUCCAGCGUGGCGCAGGCGGGCGGGCUGGCGUGCCUGGCCACGGAGGAGGGCCGCGCCGCCGUGGCGCGCGUGGUGGCCGGGUACAAGGAGAACGCGCGGGUGCUGGUGGGCACCUUCCAGGCGCUGGGCAAGGAGGUGUACGGCGGCGACGACUCGCCCUACGUCUGGGUGCGCCUCUUCCCCGGCCGCCGCUCCUGGGACGUGUUCGCCGAGAUCCUCGAGAAGACGCACGUCAUCACCGUGCCGGGGAGCGGCUUCGGCCCCGGCGGCGAGGGCUUCGUCAGGGUCAGCGCCUUCAACAGCCGGGACCGGGUCGUCGAGGCCUGCGCCAGGCUCACCAGCUUCCUCGCCUGA